CCUAGAGAAGCCGCGAGCACCCGGCGUCGGCAGUGAAUUGCUGCUGUGGCGCCGGCUGCACCGGCGGGGCCGAGGCCGAGAGAGGCAGAGGUGCGCUCUGGCGAACGUGCCGGAUCGGAGCGGCCCAGCUGCUGGGGCCCUUGUGGCCGUCAGGACGUCUCGGCGGGUCGGUGCACUACUCCCGUGACGAUGCGGCUGUUCCUGUGGCUGCUGAAGCAGUCGGUGCCGAAGCAAAUCGAGCGCUACUCGCGCUUCUCGCCAUCGCCACUCUCCAUCAAACAGUUCCUGGACUUUGGGAGAGAUAAUGCAUGUGAGAAAACUUCAUACAUGUUUCUACGAAAGGAACUGCCUGUGCGACUGGCUAACACAAUGAGAGAAGUCAAUCUUCUGCCUGAUAACUUACUGAACCGCCCUUCGGUGGGGUUGGUUCAGAGUUGGUACAUGCAAAGUUUUCUUGAACUGUUAGAAUAUGAAAAUAAGAGUCCUGAGGAUCCAAAGGUCUUAGAUAACUUUCUACAAGUUCUGAUUAAAGUGAGAAAUAGACACAACGAUGUGGUUCCUACAAUGGCACAAGGAGUGAUUGAAUACAAGGAGAAGUUUGGAUUUGACCCCUUAAUUAGCAGUAACAUUCAAUAUUUUCUGGAUCGGUUUUAUACCAAUCGCAUCUCUUUUCGCAUGCUUAUUAACCAGCAUACACUUCUGUUUGGUGAUGACACUAAUCCUGCGCAUCCUAAACACAUAGGAAGUAUUGAUCCCACCUGUGAUGUGGCCGAUGUGGUGAAAGAUGCAUAUGAAACAGCCAAGAUGCUGUGUGAACAGUAUUACAUGAUAGCUCCAGAGCUGGAAAUUGAAGAAUUUAAUGCCAAAGCACCAGACAAACCUAUUCAGGUAGUUUAUGUGCCCUCACAUCUGUUUCACAUGCUAUUUGAGUUGUUCAAGAACUCAAUGAGAGCAACAGUUGAGCUGUAUGAAGAUAGAAAAGAGGGCUGCCCUGCUGUUAAAACUCUUGUGACUUUGGGUAAAGAAGAUUUGUCCAUUAAGAUAAGUGACCUAGGUGGUGGAGUCCCACUUCGCAAAAUAGACCGUCUUUUCAACUACAUGUAUUCAACUGCUCCUAGACCUAGCCUGGAGCCCACAAGAGCUGCCCCUUUGGCUGGAUUUGGUUAUGGUUUGCCAAUUUCUCGUCUGUAUGCUAGAUAUUUUCAGGGAGAUCUAAAACUAUAUUCCAUGGAAGGAGUAGGUACUGAUGCUGUCAUUUAUUUGAAGGCUCUUUCUAGUGAAUCGUUUGAGAGGCUGCCAGUUUUCAAUAAGUCUGCAUGGCGCCAUUACAAGACCACACCUGAAGCUGAUGACUGGAGCAAUCCCAGCAGUGAACCCAGGGAUGCAUCAAAAUACAAAGCUAAACAGGACAAGAUCAAGACAAAUAGAACUUUGUGAGGAACUGAAUGCUGUUGUCCUCUCUUGUGAAGAAAGAUGAUCUUCUGCAAGUCAACGAGAGAGCACUUUUCCCCACCAACUCUGAAUUAUUCCCAGUGCUUGAGUGUGUAUUUUUUCCAUACCUGCUGGAUCUUUCCAUGGAGCCCUUCCUGUAGUUAUUCUAGCCAUAAGUUCCACUAAAGUAGUAACUCAAGUAAUUUUUCAUGUUGUUUUGCUGUGACGUGGUUGGCGCCUAUCACAAAAGAACACAGAGCCUCCUUUUGAGCACUUGCACCCUUGCACUGCCUAUCUCAUCAUCUUAGAGCCUAGUGUCUCAAGUCUUCCCUGGAUUCUGAGUUCCUUCCCCAUCCCAGAUGCAGCACUUCCUGCUGCUGCUCUUUGGGACCAAAUACCACAUUUGCCCCAAACUUCCAGCUAGGGUCUGGGAAUCUAGAAAUAGAAGAUAGCAGCUGAGCACAUCUUGAGAAUUCAGAGUCUGCUAUGCAUCUCUCCUCCACUCUCUGAUUGGGUUUGCCUUCCUCCAUCUGCUCUGCAUUCUCAUUAUGAGGUGUGGUACUUUCAUAUUGGGUCUUACCCACUGAUGCAUUGAUAUUAUUUUAAAAUUCAUUUGUAUACUUCCAUUCCAUUGAUUAAAGCAUUCCAAAAGUUGUCUUGGAAUUUUUCACUUAGUGGCUUAAUUUCAAAGAUCGUAAGUGAAAAAUUGCUUUGUGAUCAGUACUAGGCUUAUGAAGAAUGGGAAAUAGAGACUUUCUUCUCCUGUAGAAACUGCACUAGUCUAACACUAUAUCUUUGUCAUUUUCCUUUGUGGUCUCUUAAGGAAUUGGAAGUUCCUGUGUCAUGCACUUUACUAGUUGUAAAAUAGACUACCAAAGGGAAAAGUCCUUUCUAGUUUACUUGAAAAAUACUGUGGGCCUUCAUCAUUUUCAUUUUCAUUCAUUUCAGCCAGUUUUAGAUUUAUCAGCUCAAUCUGAUUUUCACAUUCCCUUAUUUUUUGCUAGAAUUGGAAGUGAGAAUUAACAGGGGACUUGGGUAAGGAAAGAGGAAUGAUGUUAUAUUUACUCUUAGUAAUAGAAGCUCGCUGAGAGUCCACAUUAAAAGUAGCAUCUUAUACAACUCCAUAGGUUGUGUUUCUCUUCGAAGACUGUUAUUUUUCAUGUCAGUCAAAUUUUUCACUGUUAGGUCUACUGAUUUAGAAGUUGUAGGGGCUGGGGAUUUGGCUCAGUGGCAUCGCACCUAACUCGCAAGCGCAAGGUCCUGAGUUCAACCCCCAGUACCGGAAAAAAAAGAAGUUGUAAAGUCAUCUUCAUCCUUUAGUCACAUGACGGUGGCAAUGCAGUUGCCCCACUGCCACCAUAGUGGGGAUUUUUUCUCCCUUGAAGGAGGUAGGCUAUGACCAGCUGUACUUGGCUUAAUUGCAACUCUGUUUCUCUUGUUUCACUGAACCUGGGUUUCUUCCAUGUCAUUAUGUUACCUGAGCUCAUGGUAGGUUCUUUCAUCUUUAGAAGGAUUUUGUCUCUUCUGUCCUCAGAAGGAUCUCACCAGAGAACUCAUAUAUAAGCAGUCAAGUAAAAGAUGUAUCAAUGUACUUACAAGAGAUUGUUGAGGUGGGCCAUGGGGCAGCUUGUGCAGUUGAGAUCCAAGUCAUUGUCUCGGCAAUGGGGCUGUUCUGUGUGAUUAUUCGCUUAUGGUGUAAAAGAUGUAAAAGUAAGCUGGAUGUGGUGGUGCCUGACUGUCAUCCUGCCUCCUCAGGAGUAUUGCAGGUUCAAGGCCAGGCUGCGAAAUUUAGUGAGAUCCUGUCUCAAAAUAAAAAUCUAAGAAAAGAACUGGGGGUGUAGCUCAGUGGUAGAGAGCUUGCCUAGCAGGCACAAAACUCGGGGUUCAAUCCCCAGCACUGCAGAAAAUAAAAGAUGUAAAAUGAAUGGUCCUUUACAUUUAAAGGCCCUAGCUUCCAUAUAAACAUUAGGUAGUAUUCCUACCUUACUAGGCCCCAGCUCCCAACUGUCCUCUUUUAUACUUUUAAGUGGGAUCUGCUCUAGGGGAAAGGAGGCAGCAGAUUUGGGUCAUGUUACUACUGCCUUGUGCCCCAGUGCUGCCAAGCCCUCAAACAAGCACCUUAGAAGGGUCGAAUAUGGAAAAUAUGGUGUAGAAAAAUCCUGUCGCAUUCUUGACAAGUAUUUUUCAAAAGCAAAAUCUUAUUUCAGUGUUUCAAUGACUCAAUGUACUUCAGAGCAGUGAUGAUAAACAUUUUGGAGCUUUCAGUGAUAACAAACAGCUGGCCGUGGCACGCGUGCCAUAGGUUCGCCAUCACUGCUUUAGAGCUUACUCAUAUGCACCUGACCCCAGUACAACCUGGCUUCUGUCUCCUGUCUUUUUUCUUCAUUAAGAAUUUUUUCUCAAGUUUUAUCCUUCAUUUCAUUCUCAAAAACAGUUUGAGGAUCAUCCUGCCUUCUCAGUUUGUCAGCCCCUUUAUCCUUUAUCGUGUACCCUUUCUCUUGGCUGUAUAUGAUCCUCUGAGCUUAAGCACAUCUCUUAAUUGUUUGCUGGCUUUGCCGGUAAGCCAGUGGUCAGAUUUCUACAUAUAAAUGGUAGUAUAAACAAACAUUGGCCCCUUUUCAGCCAAAUUCUUCCCCAUUCCUCUAUAAUGCCCUCUCCUUUACAUCAUUUGGGGGCCAUGUCUACUACUUGAAAUAGUGCCUGACAAAUAAUAGAUACUUAAUAAAUGCUGAAUCAAAGACUGGAAACUGACAGACAUUUACCUUGGGUAGUGGGACAACAUCUAAGUUCUUAAGCUAUCUCCAAAACAGUAAUAAUUCAGGUCGGGGGCUUUGGAAGCACUAAAUUUCUUUUUUUAAAAUAGUGCUACGAAAUGGCUUUAAAGUAUAGAGAAAGAUCCGCAGGAACCAUCUGAUGCCUUUUUUAUCUCUGAAUAUCUGAUUUUGGCUCCAUAAUACAGGGCUUCUUUCCAUCCAGUGACAUAGUUUUACAGCCUUGCUUAUAGAUUCCAAAGAACUUUUACGCUCAGCAUACCAUCUGAUCCUUUACAAUGCCAUGAGGCAGGUGGACCACACAGGAACUUCUCGACUUUCACAUGAAUCCCAGAGCAGUUAAGUGGUUUGCCAAGGUGGCCUGCUAAGUGAAUAGAAGAACCAAAGCGAGUAGUUGGAUCUUCCUGUUCUCUAGGUUAGUGCUCUGAAUAAUAUACCAGGCAAUUAGCGUUAUUCCUUUUGAGGAAUUUCUUGGAUAUAUUAAUCCUCAGGGGUAAGCUUUAAACCAAAAAUUUUCUGUAAUGCAAGGUAAUUCCACUCAGGAGAGGUUUUCUUUUGUGUGUUUCCAUUUCGGUAUAGUUAAUCAGUGGAGAAAGUCAAAUGAAUGUGGCAGCUUUUACCUAAAAAGGCAGGCAACUUAAAGUGUAUAGCUGUAGGUAAUUACUAGAGUUGGUUAGACUUAAUACCAUGUUUGAAUGAAAUCAGUGCUCACUGCCAGCCCGUUCAUACAAAGACUCCACAUUCAAGAGUUGAUGCUUUUAUGUUUUGGUGGACUGGAUUAUAGGGUCGGUUAGACUCCCUUUCAUAUUUACACAUGUCUCUCUAUUGCCAUUACUUAUGAUGUAUGUGUUGGCUGGCUAUUGGAUUCUUGGAGCACCUCCUUUUCCCUUCAGUUCUCUCAGGAUGUUACUUUAUUGUUGUCCAUAUCUGGUGGUGAUGAGAAGUCUGAGUCCAGAUGGACUUCUCUCCCCAUUUUGUAGAUAACCUGCUUGCUUGCCAUGGAUACCUGUGAUUCUUUGUUUAUUCUUGAAAUUCGGUAACGUCAUUUGAGUUUAUCUCAGGAUUGACAGUUGUCUGUUGACUUUUUCUGGUAUACAACGAGCAAUUAGAUGCUGAUAUUUUAGGCCUUAUUGCAUUUUGUAUCUGUUCUGUUCUCUUUUUAAAGAAUUUGUCAUUCCAUUGGCUCUCUGUCAUCUGCCCUUCACGUUUGUCUUUGGGUGGCUUUCAUCUCCUUGUCUUCCUUCAUGCCGGGUGAUUUUUCGUCAAGACUUAUCCUCCGUUUCAGACUUAGGUUUCUAUACUGUUGAGAGACUAGGCCCUGUUGCUUGUAAUAUGGCUUUCACUUGUUAGUUUUUUUAAACUGUUUUUUCCCGUAGGUCAUUCUGUCAUCCUCUUUUUUUUUGGUACUGGGGAUCGAACUCGGGUCCUAGCGCUUGCACAGCAGGCAGCGAAACCACUAAGCUAAAUCCCCGGCCCCCUGUCAUCCUCUUUGAUUCCUUAUUUCAUUUCUUUGAGGGCCAAAGCAUUUUGUCUAUAUUUUUCAUAGUUUCUGAAUUCAUUCUUUUUCUAGAGUGUAUUAAUGUGUCUCUUUUGCUUUAUCGUCAGACACUCCCCUGGAGCUCGUGGUAUGGGUUGUGGCUUUUAUUAGUUUCACUAUAGACAGCUUCUGGCUCAAUUUUGGGAUGUGUGUGUUGGAGGGCAGGAGGACUUAUAUAAACAGGCACUUACUCUGCCAUCUUUCCCAGUGGUCCAGGUGCUUAAACAUUGACUUUGAAGAUAAUGUCCUUCAUAAUCUAUAUGUUAGUAAACAGAAGGAACCAAUAUUGCCAGCAGGAAAGCACCAUUAACAAUUUAAUCAAUACAGGAUUUUUGUUUACUGUUCUGUGUGGAAAGAUAACUUUUAACUCAGGUUCCUGUUCUACCCAUUAGAGAUAUCAGUACCUUCUGGUUUAAAAACAGGGGACAUGUGACAUUUUCAUGAACUCAAGAAGUUAUUGGCUAUUGACAAUGGUUAAUUAGUUAAAUAUGGAAAAAUAUUUCAAACUAAUAAUCAGAGUUAUCAGAGAAGCUUAAGCUCUUUUGAUGAGCAGAUUGCAGUCAAGCUGUCUCACUCAAGUGGGUUUCCCCCUCUGAGAGUUUUACUGGGCCACAGGUUUUCUUACCUGCCUUUUCAAACAACCCAUUUUAAAAUACGUUUUGUUUGUUUGUUUGUUUGGUACCAGGGAUCAAACUCAGGACCUUGUACUUGUGAGGCAGGCACGGCACCCCUGAGCUAAAUCCCCGGCUAAACUUGGUUUAUUAAGAAAUAGAAAGAUGUUAAGUCUUCAUCAGAAUUCGUUUUGUUAUAUAUGAAUACCCACUCACAUGGUCUGUAGAUCUGGGGCCUACCAUGGAAGCAUGUGGGUUAAUGUUUUAAAGUGCCUUUGAGGUAGAUCACAAGAUGGGGGUUUUAUUUGGCUUAUCUGUGGGACUGAAGCCUCCCUUCCUGCCUCAGUGGCCAGUACAUUCCACUAGACAACCAGCAGCAAACUCUUGUCACCGUUAGUGCUCCUGCAUAACAAUCACGAGCCAAGUGACUGGCUUGCUGUGUGCACCCAACUCUACUUGAAGCAAGACCUUCCCCUAUGGUCAGACUUGGCCCCAGUCUGUGCUGAUGUCAAGUGGAGAAUUGAACACAGGCACCCUUGUGUAUGGGAGACCAUGAAGUGAUGGUGGCAGGUAGAGGAGUCAUGGGAAGGAAAGUGAUGUUCAGUCUUCCAUGUAGAUAAUAUCCAGUGUCUCCUGCAUGCUAGAAACUUGCUACAUGCUGGGCACACAGCAGUGAUCAAAGCAGAGCGAAAUCCCUGCUUCCUGAGCUCACAGUCUAGUAGGGAAGACAGACUAGAAACAAAAUCAGGUAAUUUUAUAGUUUGCUUGGGAGACGAGUGCAAUGGAGAAAAAUGAGAUGGGGGCAGCACCAGAGCUGCUAAGUAUUGUUUUCAUUGCAGGUGUGUUCCUCAGAGGAGGAAGGGCCAGUGAUUUUCAACUUCUUUUCUCCUCUGUAUCUAUUUAUCUGAAUUUGGACUCUGUGAUCAGUUCAGUAGGGGACCUUGUCGAGGUCCCUGCACUGGGGCUUCAGGGAAAUGGGGGACAAGCCCAUUUCAGUUGUCUUGCUGACCAGCAGGAGCAGUGGUCAAAUAAGAGGGACCAACUUUUCCAAUCAAAUUUCAUCGAAUAACAUGGGCUGUUCUUUCCUCACAGCAAAAACACAAAUUACUGCAACUUCUGGAUAUGUCUUCUUGGGCUUUAGGAAAUCAUUAUUUAAAUAAAAAUUUCAAGCAUCUGGAUGAUGCUGCUGGAGUUAAAAUGGCUGCUUUUCAGAAGAGACCCUAUUUAACACUUCAAACUCAUUUUAGAGGUGGAGGAAAAGGAUUGUCUGAGAAGACUUUCCUCUCAGUUUGCAGGUUGGCACCAGCUGUGUAUGCCCCCGAAAUGGAGACCAAAAGGGACAUAAAGUAUUUUAGUCACAGAGUUCUUGAGAAACCUCUCCAGCUCUCCAUCUGUCUCUAAAAUAGGGCCAUGAAUUCCCCCCAUGUCCGUGGGACUUCGAUGGGCCUGGAUGCAGGCUGUCACUUCAUGUGUACCACAUGCGGCUCUGUGCCACUCUGGGUGUUAGUGGUACCACUUUCCCUUAGAGGGUAUAUCAGAGACUUGGAGUUCUCCACACUCGCCUGUUUGGACACCUCUGGGGUUAGAGUGCUGCAGCAGUGGGAGGUUUAGCUGACUGGAGAAGGAGAUGGGAUAUGUUUAAUUAUUCCCAUAGGUAGGGCAAUUUGUCACCCUUUAAACUGACUUAUUUGCAUAUGAACAAAAGUACCUUGGGGCGUCAUUACUGACGGUCUCUGAACAACUGUCUAUUACAGUUAUGUGCCUGUGUUAAAAGAAAGCCCCCUCUUACCUCACGCUAAUAUUCUUUCACUGUUUUAAUUAAAUCCACAAGACACCCUGUGUGUACAUCUCUUCACCCAAAAGUUCCACCCAAGCUGCAGCACCUCGCAAUUCCAAGCCUUUAACGGGUCUGUCUGCAAGUCUCUUGACAAUGAUAAGAAAAAGAGCUUCAUGUUAGGAGUCUCUUGGUCCAUUUUGGACUAGUGGAAACAUUUUUGUGGGGCUUUUCUUAAUGUUAGAGAAUUGAGACAGUAAACCUGUUGUAAUACUGGAUCCGGGAAGCUCACAAUGAAGAGUAUGAACUUAACCUGAAAAAUACUUUUCUGUUCUAUAAAUCUCUCAGUGACAUUUGGAUUAAUCAAGCAUAAUUAAAUGUAGCUAGAUUUUUGUCAGAUUGUAGUUCAAAAUAAUAUUCAUCUAUGGAGAGGGUAAUAUAUUCUGUAGAAAUUUUAUUAAGCACUUUAGUUAAGAAAACUCUAAGGAGAACAAAAUCAGUCUCAGGAAGGUUAAUUACUAAAAAACACAAAGUAUAGUAGAUUAUGUAAAUUAUUUUAAUUUUGAAUACCAUGGCUUGAGCUUUAAUUUACAUAGAGAGGUAUUUUGGAUUUGUUUUUCACAUUAUAUUUUCCAAAAGUACAGAAUUAAACUUGCAUUCUUUAAAAGUUCUAAUCAUACUAAGAUUCUGUUAAGUUUUCUUAACUUUUUCUUAUUAUAGUUUCCAAAAAUGAAGAAUUACAGUUGCAUUCUAACUAUUUUAGGAUUUCACUAAACGUGUACAUUGUAAGAAAGGUAUCUUUGUUUCCAUACCACUGAUGGUUUUAAAAGAAGUAUCAGGGGAGAGAGUUUAUGUGAAAUUACCCAGCCUGUAUGUGGCUUUGCAAUAAUGUUCAUUUAAAGGGAAGCAUUUUUAGAAAGCUAAAACAUGGUGAUAAAUGUUUUUAUUUUAGUAAUUUCUUGAAAGGGAGGAGUGAAGAGAUGAAAGUGAUUUUAUAUGUAUACCUUUUUGUACUCCGAGAAUUAAACAUUCACUACCCUUUCCUGUCUCAGGGAAUAGCCUUCGAUAAGAAUCCCAUAGGAAUCUUGGACUAUACCACUGUAUGUUCAGAUUUAAUAGUUCUUGUCUAAAUUUAAGCUAGAAUGUCAAAAGUAUUGUCACUUUAGGAAGGUGAGAUUACCCAGGAAACCUGAACUUGCCCUUUUCGUGAGGAAUCACACCCAAAUGUCCUUUGUCGAGGAGGAAUCACACUUCUCCCCUGCAGUUUUACUUUGUCUGAUAAUGUACGUACUUCUUGGCUUUUCAGUGAAGAUUCUGUUUUCUACUGAAACUGACUCCUUUUGGGAUAAUAAACUUUCACUUAAAAGAACAUUGCAUUAAGUAAUUCUAACUUCCAUUAACCUAAAAUUGACUUGUUAGCUUAAAUACUCUGGAUAACUUUUAAAAAUGGGCCAACGCUGCAGAAAUGUGAAAGAUCAUAUAUGUAUGAAACAGUAUUUGCCCCCUGGUUACCAGAGUGAGGAAAUGUCUAAGUGGCAUGUACGACUGGUGUAACUACUCUCUGAUUCAUCUUUGCCUUCCAAAUUGAUUGAAAAUGGCACACUUAGAACGGGAUGUAUAUGAACAACAGAACUACCUAAUUUAAAGUAUUCUUACUUGAGAUUCUUUUUGAGCGAAAAAAGAAUCUUAGCAUUCACUGCUAACUCUUGGUUGUUCACAUACACUAGACAUUAACAAAGAAGUUAAGAAAGUUAAAUCUGAUUGUAAGCCAUGCUAAAUGACUUGUCACAAAAGUAGUGUGUGAAAUCAGGUAGAAUGAGUAUAAAAUGUUAUAUUGUUUAAAUCAUGGCAUCCCUUUCUUAAAAAUUCUAUUUUCCUUUUAUCAUUUGAACUGCUACAACUGUCAGAAACCUCAAUGUAUGUUUUGAAAGGCACUAUAUAUUCACAGUAAGAACUGGCUUGUGCCUUUAUCUGACUUUAAUUAGAAUUAAAGCUAAAGCCUAUAACUAUAGAGACCGGAAAAAACUUGAGGCUGCCUGCCAUUGAA